AUGGAGCGCCAAUUGCAGGUCCUGCUAAUCAGUCUCAUCUUAAUUUGCCCCACAGCCAUUGCCGUGAAAGUGGGUUACUGGCCUGCCUCUGAUUUGCCUCCCUCCUCCGUCGAUGCCUCUCUCUACACCCAUCUCCUCUACGCCUUCGCAGAUCUCAAUCCCCAAACAUAUGAGGUCACAGUCUUUGCAGCGAAUCAGGAAAGCAUAGCACUCUUCACCUCCACAGUGCAGAAGAGCAAUCCCUCAGUGAAAACCUUGCUUUCCAUCGGCGGAGGAAAUGCCAAGAUGGAAGACUUCUCCACAAUGGCUGCCGAUUCUUCACUGCGCAAAAAGUUCAUCGGCUCCGCCAUAUCUCUCGCCAGGCAAUAUUCAUUCCACGGCGUAGAUCUCGACUGGGAAUACCCACAAACUCUGGCGGACAUGGAAAACUGGGGGCAGCUGUUCACAGAAUGGAAAGCUGCAGUGGUUGAAGAGUCUGGAACCUCCGGCAAGGAUCCCCUGCUGCUCACCGCUGCCGUCUAUUUCUCAAACUAG